GCAGUCGCCGGAGCCGCCGCGCGCUGCCCGUCGCCUGCGCGUCCCUCCCGCGGCAGCUCCGCGGGCGCGGGCGGAGGCAGAAGCGGCCGCCGGCGCCGCCGCCCGCUCGGGACGGGCUGUGCGCGCAGCGCGGAGCCGCCUCCAUGUUCCAGCUGCCCAUCCUCAACUUCAGCCCGCAGCAGGUGGCCGGGGUCUGCGAGACCCUGGAGGAGAGCGGCGAUGUCGAGCGCCUCGGUCGCUUCCUCUGGUCGCUGCCCGUGGCCCCCGCGGCGUGCGAGGCCCUCAACAAGAACGAGUCGGUGCUGCGGGCCCGCGCCAUCGUGGCCUUCCACUCGGGCAGCUACCGGGAGCUCUACCACAUCCUGGAGAACCACAAGUUCACCAAGGAGUCCCACGGCAAACUGCAGGCGCUGUGGCUCGAGGCGCACUACCAGGAGGCCGAGAAGCUGCGGGGCCGGCCCCUGGGGCCCGUGGACAAGUACCGCGUGAGGAAGAAGUUCCCGCUGCCGCGCACCAUCUGGGACGGCGAGCAGAAGACACACUGCUUCAAGGAGCGCACGAGGCACUUGCUGCGCGAGUGGUACCUGCAGGACCCUUACCCCAACCCUAGCAAAAAGCGGGAACUGGCGCAGGCCACGGGACUAACCCCCACGCAAGUGGGCAACUGGUUCAAAAACCGCAGGCAAAGGGACAGGGCGGCAGCGGCCAAGAACAGGCUGCAGCAGCAGGUGCUAGCGCAGGGCUCGGGCCGCUCGCUGCAGGCGGAGGACGAGAGCGGCGGGGAGGCGCUGGGGGCGGCCGCCAGCCCCGCCAGCCUCUCCAGCAAAGCGGCCACCUCCGCGAUCUCCAUCACGUCCAGCGACAGUGAAUGUGACAUCUGA